CUGCAUUCGACACAAAUGGAUCGAGAACAUUUAUUACAUUGUGGUGCAUCACUAUGGCCACCAAUCACCACUUGAAACGCAAACCCCUCCCUGAAACCUGCUCUGAUGGCACCAUCCGCGGUGUCAUCACUAUUUCGCCUCCACCCACCCCCGAUAAGCAGCAGCAGCAGCAGCAGCAUCAAAAACGAGACCCAUCACCUCAACCACCACGACCCCAUCGUCCACCACCACCCUAUACACCUCCACUCCCCAUCCGCGCCGCAACCACCCACUAUGACCAACAACGUCCCCCCUCCCCCCUCCCACCCCCCCCCGCCACAACCGAUCUUCCAACCCCUCCGUCAACCGCCCAAAAAGCCUACCACGAAGCGCGCCACUUCCUCGGCGGCCUCAUAACCCACCCAACUGAAAGCACCAAAGCCAUCACCAUCCUCCGACACUCCCACGGGGUCGUCUUCUACCGCGGCAGCACCACCUCCGUCACCAUCUCCAUCUUCUCCACCACCCCCCUCCCCGCCGACCGUACCCUCUGGCUCCAAAGCAAAGGCUGGACCGGCAAAACCGGCAUGCGCACAAAAGCUCUCCUUCGACUGACCGACGACUGGCUCAACGUGACCCCCACGUUACCUGUUCGCGCCGAACAAGUUGACCCGGCGGAUGAACGCGCCUGGCAGAGAGAUAUCACCAAGUUUCGGAAAAAGGCGCCCGCGAAGAUUCGCGAUACGCAUGUGCUUCGGGAGACGGUUGUGGUGCGGAUACCGGUGGAAGCUGGGGAUGGGUACUUUCAGCUGGUGUUGUGUAGGGGCGAGAAGAAGGUGAUGUGUUAUAGUCCGGUGUUUCGGGUGUUGUCGACGAGUUUGAGUCCGAGUUCGAUGCGUGGGGCGAGUUUGUCGACGAUGCCGUUCGAGAUGGGCGCGAUGGUGCUGGGCAUGUAUGUGCAGACGGCGGCGGAGGCGGUCGUCGCGCCGGUUACGUCGGCUGUUCAGAGUAAGGUGCAGCCGUAUCAGCCUAGUUGGGUGACGCAGACCGCGGCGGAGACGGCGUAUUCGGUUAGUGGGGUUGGGGAUCGGGUGAAUUCGGUGUUGGGGAUGGGGGAUGAUGGGGUUGGUGAAGGGAACGGAACGAGGGAUGUACAGCAAGGGCAUCAGGUGGCGUUGGAGGAUGGGCCAACAGCGCCAUUUCCUGUGGAUUUUAGUGCAAGGGUCGAGAUGGAAGAGAGUGAUUCUCGGUUUAGGUUGGCUAGAGUUCCUGAUCUGGUGCUUGAUAGGUAUCAUGGAUUUUUCUUUGGGUGGGUGAGAGCCGAGAGCGAUGGCCCUACGGCACAAAGGGGCCCUGGUUCUGCGCCAGGGCCGUGGCAGGGCAUCGUCUUAUCGAUGGUAUACUGGGAUCCGACGCAGCAGACCAGAAUCAACCUCUCACAGGCCAUGAGAAAGGUCACGACGAUUCGGUUCAUCGACGAGCCUGCCGUGCCUUUUCGAACUCAAACUCGGGUGCAGGUUCGAAUCAUGGGCUUCCUCCGUCCCGAUGUGCCUCCCCCGAGAGGUCAAACAGAAAAGGAUCUCAUCGCUGCUCGGGAGGCUACCGCGGAGGCGGCCAUGCUAGCUGACGCGUGCGAUGUGUCCUACGCGCAGAGUGUCCUAGAACAUCCUGCUUGGGCAGCAGAUACACCUCUAGUAACAGAAACAAGGAAUAUAGGUACAAAUGAAGCAAGCGGAAGCGGGUCCUGGAUGGAUCGAACGAGAGAAGGCGUGGAGAACGUCAAAUAUCGAGGGCAGAAGUUGGCUGAAAAGGUCCCCUUGCACUGGAUCGGAGUGAGAGCUCCGACGGACGAGGCAAGGGAUAAGCAGAUUGCCGUGAAUGGGUUUUAUAUCGUUCGAUGAUGGUAUUGUUUGGACAUAUUGUAGUAUAUUUUCAUGUAAUAUAGGGUGAUGCGGGCGUAAUUGCAGUUCUGUCGAUUGAAAUCUACAUCGCGAAUCCGAU